GUUAUGGCUAUUAGAAUAGAAUAAUAAAAGUGUAGGAAAGUGAAAUGACGAAGGAUGAGAGGGAGCGACUUAUAUCUUAAAGGUAGUAAGCAUUGACCCCUAUAGGCUCAAAAUGUCAGUGUCACAGAUGAAAUCAUUUUCAUAUGGAAAAACUUUAAACUUCGAAGUUGGUUAAACAUUGUUUUCGAAUUUUAUCUUAUAUUAUUGAAUAAAUUUACUUACGGCAAAUAAAUGCUCAUUGUCCAAAGGCAUCUUGCAACAUAUUUAUUCCCAUAGUUUUUACUGACCUGGUCGACUUCUUUUUCACUCCUUUGCGCAAAAUCACUAACCAAGUCAAUAAAAUUAGCAAAGGAAAUACAAGAUUGGACAUAUCUAAAGUUAAAAAAUAGAAAACUAAUUCCAUGAAUAUAGGGCUUAAAUUAGAUUAAUUUUAAGUCAAUAUCCAUGCAAAAGAAUUAGGUCAAAACUCAUUGAUCGGUCAAAAUAAUUUCUUCCCACGUCAGGCUAAGUGCCACCCUGACAUAUACGACGCCUUGUGGCAUGAAAAUAAUAUUUAGAAACAUGCAUCAGAUCAUAUAUAUUAAUAUAUAUGUUGAUAUAAGCAUAUAUAUACAUAGACAUAAACCAAAACUAUAUAUAUAUAUAUAUAAUAACUUUUUUAACCAAAACUAUAUAUAUGUAUGAUGGUUACGUACGUGAAACUCCCAUAACUUCUUCUUUUCAUUUCUUCUCUGUUCAAACAGAAGAGCCUUUGUUCUGUUUUAAUUUGAUUAUCUCUUUGUCUUUGUUUUUCAGUUUUAUUUGUUUUUCUUCAAUAUUUCAAUUAAUUCGAUGGAAUUUCUUGUUCAUACAUCAGUUCCAACAAUGUUUGACAAAGCAUCCGUGAAGACCUGUUCGUUAUUUUUCUUACUAUAAGUCAUUUUUCUGGGGAAUUUUCUCUCCUUUUCCAAAACAAUUUCGCAUUAACAUUGGAGAUAAAGAACACAAUCAUGUUGCAAGACGUGAUCUCGUCUCAAGAUCAGAUUUCCAUCGUAAUUCUCUUCUCUUCAACUACCCUUUUUAAUUUGUAUUAUCAUUGAUUCAUUGUUGUUUGCAAGAAUUGAAAUGAACGUUUCAUUUUCUUUAUUUUACUUAAAUAUACCAUGCACAGAUCAUAUAAAUUUAAGUUUGAUCUUAUAAACUGAUUAGUUUGUUUUCUCUUAUGGGGCAACCCUAGAAUUUCAAUUAACUAGAGUUUUCUUUUUUGGUGUAAGGUCAUUUUCUUGCCUUAUAUUCCAUUCUAUCUCCAUUUCAAUUUCUUCAUUCUUAAACUUUAUUUCUUUCUUUGUUAUUCUCUACACACUUCAAUUUAUCUUCCAAAAUUAUUAAUAUACGGUUUUUGAACAUUACAUUCUUAUUCGCUUGCAUGUGUACGAUUGUUACUUCUAUGCCAAUUGAAAAUCGUUACGUGAUAUUAAAAUGUUCUUCAAAAAUCAGUCCAUUCAACUGUUUCUAUCACAUCCGAGCAUGCGAUUUAUUUUCAAAAACAAAAUGCUAGAUUAGUUUCUCACAUUCGAAUUUAUAAAGUUCGGUAAAUUUCACUAGUAGUACUUUGAUGUAUAUAUGAUCAUAAUGAGGAUUUCUUGCAUGUUCUUAUAUCUUAUGAAGUGCCCUUUACUUUUUCUUUGUGGGAAAAAAAUCUAAAUGUUGGUUCAUACCAGGCAAUGGUUUAAUUUAUUUUCUAAGCACCAACAAGAAAUGCCAGAAUCAGAAAACUUUCCUUUUAUAGAAACUCCACUCUUUCUUUGCUUUUUCUUUUUAGCUAUUGGAGCUUGGAACACUACUUCUAAACAUGUCACAUGAAAGAACAGAUGCAUUUAAUCUCUCUUUACGAACAUUUGUGUUGUUCUAAACUUGUACUAUAACAAAGGAGAAAAGAUUGGAUCUGAUCAAGACACCAAAAUCUUGGAGUGUUUUGAUGUCGAAAAACAGAAUAAAGACAUAUCUUAUAGAUUCUCUCUAAGAUAAUUAAGGUCACAGUAGGAAAAUUUUACCCGAGUAUAAAUCUAUCUUAAGAACCAAUCUGUAAUUUCUCAAGGAUCACACACAAUUCUUGUUUCUUGUGGCUCAAGACAAACCUUUGUUUCUCUUCUUUGAUGCUUGGUUUCAACGAUGAUAUCACGAGCCCUCUUAGUGCUCAAAUCUUCGAUUUUUGUGAUCCACAACAGUUUGAAGAAACUUUCAAUCAAUCAUCUGAAGUCAACUCUGUUUCAAACAUUCUUGACAAAUCUGGGAGCUUCCAAGACACUAACACGACCACAACAACUGAGAACAGUAACACCAACAUGAACAACAUAUUUCAAGAUGAUGAAGAUGACAACAAUAACGCUGAUCUGUCCAUAGUUUUCGAUUCACAUGAUGAUUUUGAAAACGACAUAGCAGCUUCAAUCGAUUUCUCAUCAUCCCCUUUGCAAUAUCCACUUAUUGAUCAGCUCCUUACAACAACAAAUCAAGACCAGUUUGAUUUCUCAUCCGGAACUCAGAUUGUUCAUCAGCUUCCUAACAUUCCACACUCUGGAGACAAUCUGGCUCUACCAGCGGUUUCUUCUAUAGCUCCUCCUCUAUUACCAUUAGGGGUUUUCGAAGAAGACUGUCUUUCUUCUGUCCCAAGUUACAAUCUUGGCUUAAACCCUAACCCUUGCUCUUUCUUUCGUACUUCCGGUUUACCGGCAUAUAUGAGCACCGGUUUAUUAUCUUCUGAUAAUAGUUCUGGUUUAUAUCCCGGACAUAUUCAUCUGGGACCAGAUUUCAACAAACCACGUGAUCAACUUAUGGAUUUUCAAACUGAUAAUGGUGGAUUAUUCUGUCCGGAUUCCAUCAAAGGCAUCUUUAAUCCAGGAGAUCUCCAGGUACUUAAUGGCGUCGAGAACCAAAGCCAAUUAGUGAUACCUCAAACUCAUCCAACAUUAGGACCGGUUGAGAUAACCGGUUUAGAAGAUUCCACGUUAAAUAAAGUUGUGAAACUCUCCCCUGAACAAAGAAAAGAGAGGAUCAAUAGGUACAUGAAGAAAAGAAACGAAAGGAAUUUCAGCAAAAAAAUCAAGUAUGCGUGUAGGAAAACAUUGGCUGAUAGUCGCCCAAGAGUUCGAGGAAGAUUUGCGAAGAAUGAUGAAUUUGGUGAACUAACUAAACAAGGUUCUUCAAGCCAUUAUGAUGAUGAAGACGGGGUGGGCUUAAAGGAUGAGGAACAAUUGGUAGAUUCUUCAGACAUUUUUGCACACAUUAGUGGACCCAAUUCCUUCAAGUGCAACUACUCAAUUCAGUCAUGGAUUUGAGUUUCAAGUCUUAUUAUAAGAUUCAUGUUUAUAACAUGAAUCUUAUAUAGUUAUAUAUAACUAGUACUCCUAUAGAGUUAUUUCUUGUUAAUUAGUAUAUGUGUUUUUGUAAUGCUGCCGUCAAAACAAAAUAACAAAAUAAAGAAAGAAAGAAUAAUGGGCCGCUUAGGUAGGUUUGGAUGAAUAAAACAGUUGUGAAGAAGGAUGUUUUUUCACUAAAAACAAUGAAUAAGCGAAGAAGAUUGUCUAACUACUUUACAUAGAACUUUGCGAAUUUUGUAGAUAUAUGUAGUGUCUUGUAUUUAAAAGAUAUGACAUAUGGAAUGUCUUUAAUAAAAAAGUUUAAAAGUUUUUAUUUCAUCUGAACACUAUAUUAUAAACCUUGGCCAUAGAUCUACACACUCUUUUCUGGUAGCUCCAGUAAUCGCAGAACCUAAAAUCGCACAAUAUGCAGAAAAGAUCUUAUAUAGAAAACAAGAUGUACAUGAUAAAAAAUAUGUGAUGACUGAUUAAUAAGUUCCGUAAGAGAAAUGAAUGGGCAAAGUACCUUUCAUUUCUUCCUUAGGGUUAACAAUUACUCCCGCAUUAUCUACAAGCGUACGAGAUGGGGAGAUAAAAACCAUCAUCUCAAAAAGAUAUAUUAUGAUCUCACAUCAAGAGUUUAAAUGUACAAUACUAAUAUUAAAAGACUUAGACCAAUCCAUUUGUUUUGUUUUGAGUUGAAAGUUCAUGUAAUGUUUUUCUUCUGUAUUACUAUUUUUUCUUCUGCCAUAUAUAAUGAAUUGAUGAAAAUCUCAUUUUAUAUUUAUUCAAUAAAUAUUACACAACAAUAUAUCCAAGAACACAAACGUUUUAUUCCACAUAGAGUUUUUGUUUUUCUGUCCUUUUCCUAAUUAAGAUUGAGAGCAUAAUAAUACAAACAUACAAAUUUAAAAGAUAAGCAAAUUAAAUGCUUUAGUCUUGCUUGCGAGAAUCGGCCUUCUCUUUAUUCUUUUUAGCACAGUAUUCAAAGAAACUUGCAU